UUCCUUUUGUCCUGGGAGACAGCUGUUAUUUUGUCUUCAACAAACAUUUGGUUAACCAAAACAUUUUCUUCCGUGCUGAACUUUUUGAUACCGUUGGAUCAAAAAGAAAAAUCGAUCUCAAAUUUGAUCUGUGCUGCCAAGAAAUCCCUGGAGUAUCAAUUAAUGGAUUCAUCCUCCAAAGACGAUCGGAUGUACGACGUGUUCUUGAGUUCUGGAGGUGAAGACACACGCAGGACCUUCACGGACCACCUCUACUGCGCAUUAAAAGACCACCGAUUCAAAGUCUUCAUGUACCGAUACGAAUACGACUGCAAACUAGAAAAAAAUCAUGGAGAUAUACCAGAACAUCUGAUUGAAGCAAUCGAAAAGUCUAAGGUUGCCGUCGUCGUCUUCUCAAGAGGGUAUCCAGAAUCCAUGUGGUGUCUGGAGGAGCUGGUGAAGAUCAUAUAUUGCAGAAAAACGCUGGGUCACAUAUUUUUUCCAAUUUUCUAUGAUGUCGAUCCCUUAGAUGUCUGGAGCCAGACUGGUCAUUUUGCACAGGUGUUUCAGAAAUAUGAACAGGAAGUUGAAGAAGAAAAGGUACAUCUCUGGAGAAACGCUCUGAAGGAAGCUAGUGAUUUGGCCGGAUUUAAUUUUCGUACUUUACGGCAUGAUGGAGACUAUAUCAGGAACGUUAUUGCUAGUAUCACUGUACAACUGGGCAGAACCAAAUGCUUAGAGGUACCCACCAGCCUAGUUGGAAUAGAUUCUCGCGUGCGAGAAAUUAGUAAGCAUUUAGACGUUGGAGGAUCAAAUGAUGUUCGCAUAAUUGGAAUUUUGGGUAUGUGUGGACUGGGUAAGACAACGGUUGCAAAAGCCGUUUUCAACAAACAUCAUCAUAGUUUUGGUGGUGCAAGUUUCCUUCAAAACGUGAGGGAAAGGAAACUGGUUGAUUUGCAAGAACAACUUCUUUCUGAUAUCUUGAAACCGGCCUACAUAGUGGUCAGUAGUAUGGAUGAAGGGACCAAGGAGAUCGAACAAAGGUUAGGCAACAUAAGGGUACUUGUCGUAAUUGAUGAUUUAGACAGUAUAGAACAAUUACAUGCUUUGGCUAUAAAACCUGACUCCUUUGGUCUGGGGAGCAGAAUCAUUAUAACAUCAAGAAACGAACAUUUGCUAAAGAUACUUGACGUGGAUAAGAUAUGUCCUCUGCCAGCAAUGAAUGACAAAGAAGCUCUUGAGCUACUUAGUUGGCAUGCCUUUAGAAAGAAUUAUCCUAAUGAAGAGUAUGUUGAGCUCUCAAGAAAAGCUGUUGGCUGCUGUGGAGGUUUGCCACUAGCACUUGAAGUCGUAGGUUCUUAUCUACGUACAAAAAGCACAAGUGAAUGGGAAACUGUACUGGAUAAAUGGAAAGGAUCACAGCCUUAUGGGGAAAUUCACGGAAGACUUGAAAUAAGCUAUGAUAGGCUAACUGAUGAUGACGUGAAGGCUAUAUUCCUUGAUAUCUCUUGUUUCUUUACUGGAAUGAACAAGGACUAUGUUAUGACAGUACUCGAUGGCUGUCAGUUUUUUCCGGAAAUAGGGAUUCGAGAACUCCAAGAUCAGUGCCUUGUAACUGUUGAUAAAGAAGGCAAUCUCAUGAUGCAUGAUUUGAUUCAAGGCAUGGGCAGAGAAAUUGUGCAUGCAGAAUCCCCUGAUAAUCCUGGAAAACGUAGUAGAUUGUGGCAUAAUGAAGAUAUAACAGACGUAUUGACGAAGGAAUCUGGAACAGAAGACGUUGAAGGACUUGCUUUAGAUAUGCAAGAGUCUGGCGAGCCUAGCUUCAGUUCAGAAUCAUUUCGAAACAUGCAGAGUCUGAGACUGCUCAAACUCAAUAACGUAAAGCUCACUGGAAGUUACCACAAUCUUUCCAAAGAGUUAAGAUGGUUGUGUUGGCAUGGUUUUCCUCUGGAGGUCUUACCAAAAGAUUUUGAUCAACCAAACCUAGUUGCUAUUGACCUGAGCUAUAGCAAACUCAUACGAGUUUGGGAGGAUUCUGAUUUGUUGCUCGAGAAGUUGAAGCUUCUUAAUCUCAGUCAUUCCCAUAACCUGGCACAAACACCAGACUUUUCAAAACUCCCAAAUCUCGAGGAAUUGAUUUUGAAUGAUUGUGAGAGUUUGUCUGAGGUUCACUCAUCCAUUGGGAAUCUUGAAAGACUUACUUUGGUAAAUCUUGAAGGCUGCAAAAAUCUCAAGGAUCUCCCACUGAAUUUCUUUAAUUCCAAGUCUAUUGAAACUCUUCUUCUUAAUGGCUGUUCAAGAUUUGAAAACUUGGCUGAAGGCUUGGGACAGACCUACCAUAAGACAGCAGAUGGCACACCCAUAAGACAAAUUCUAAAGCUGAGUUUUUCAUCUCAAUAUGGUGUGAAAGAGUCACCAUCAACUAGUCUUUUGCCCCCUUCUUUACAUUGCUUAAACUCUUUACGGAAAUUAGAUCUUGGAUGCUGCACUUUAACCGAUGACGAAAUCCCGAAGGAUCUUGGGAGUCUAAUUUCUUUAGAAGAUUUAGAUCUUCGGAAAAAUAGUUUUUGUAGCCUACCAAGCCUCAGCGGUCUUUCUAAGCUUGAAACAUUGUGUUUAGAUGAUUGCACAAACCUACAUGCAAUCCCAAAUUUACCAACAACUUUGAAAGUCUUGCGAGCGGGUUUGUGCACUGCAUUAGAAACAAUGCCAGAUUUUUCAGAAUUGUCGAAUUUGAGAGAGUUGUAUCUAAGUCAUUCAUGCAAACUCACAGAGAUUCCGGGCUUGGAUAUGUCAUUAAACUCGAUGACAAGAGUUCAUAUGGAAGGGUGCAUCAAUCUCACUGCUAAUUUUAGGAAGAACAUCCUUCAGGGAUGGACUUCUUGCGGAUAUGGUGGCAUUUUUCUCAAUGGAAAUUAUAUUCCUGACUGGUUUGAUUUUGUCAAGGGUGAUCCGGUCAGUAUGCACAUACCUCAAAUUGUUGGUCGCAAUUUUAGCGGGUUGACUCUAUGCUGCAUAUACUCUUCAAAGACACAACGUGAAGGUCCUCUCGGCAUUAUUGUUAGCAAUAAAACCAAGCGUACUGCUUUGCUCGCCCAGAUAACAUAUGCCUCGGUACCAACUUCCUGUACACUUGAUGACCAUUAUCUUUGGCAGGGGCAUAUAUCGAACUAUGUGCUAAGUUUGCAAGGAGGGGACAAGGUCGAUAUAGUUGUAAUGCCUGUUGAAACUGCAGAUGCUUCUGUGAGAGUGAAGAAAAUAGGGGUUAAUCUAGUAUGGGACAAAGAGAUGAAGGAAAAUAUGCAUGAUUCAGACUUUAAUCUCUAUGAUUUUGGCCUACAUCCGGUUUGGUUCUUGGGAGCUGAUGGGUAUGAAGGAUUCAGUACUAGAGAACUGAAGAACAAUUACUUGGACGUAGCCAUACACCCAGUUGGAAUAGAUUCUCGCGUGCAAGAAAUCAGUAAUUAUUUAGAUGUUGGAGGAUCAAAUGAUGUCCGUAUCAUUGGAAUCUGGGGUAUGGGCGGACUGGGUAAAACAACGGUUGCAAAAGCAAUUUUCAACAAAUAUCAGCACAUGUUUGAUGGUACAAGUUUUCUUCCAAAUGUGAGAAAAGAUGAGGAACUGGUUGAUUCACAAAACAAACUUCUUUCUGAUAUCUUGAGAUCGGGAAACAUGAAGGUUAGUAGGAUCUAUGAAGGGACCAAGGAGAUUAAAAGAAGACUUGGCAACAAAAGAGUACUUGUUAUAGUAGAUGACGUAGACCGCGAUGCACAGUUAGAUGCAUUAGCUCUAAGGCAUGACUCAUUUGGCCCAGGAAGUAGAAUUAUUGUAACAACAAGGGAUCAACAUUUGCUAAAGAUACUUAACGUGGAGGCGAUAUGUCCUUUGCAAGAAAUGAAUAAAGAAGAAGCUCUUGAGCUAUUUAGUUGGCAUGCCUUUAGAAAGAAUUAUCCUAAUAAAGAGUACGUUAAGCUCUCAAGAGAAGCUGUUGACUACUGUGGAGGUUUGCCACUAGCACUUGAAGCCUUAGGUUCUUAUCUACAUUCAAAAAGCAGAAGUGGAUGGGGAACUAUACUGCAUGAAUGGAAAAGCUCACAGCCUUAUAGGGUAAUUCUGGAAAAUAUUAAGACAAGCUAUGAUAGGCUAAAUGAUGACCUGGUGAAGGAUGUAUUCCUGGAUAUAGGCUGUUUCUUUAUUGGAAUGAACAAGAACGAUGUCACGACAAUAUUGGAUGGCUGUGACUUAUAUCCAGAAAAAGGAAUUCGAGAACUCCAAGAUCAAUGCCUUGUAACUGUUGAUACACAAGGCAAUCUGAUGAUGCAUAACUUGAUUCGAGACAUGGCCAGAGAAAUCGUACAUGCACAACGCCCUGACCAUCCUGGAGAACGUAGUAGAUUGUGGUAUCAUGUGGAUGUCAUAGACAUAUUGGUGAAACAAUCUGGAACUGUGGCAAUUGAAGGACUUGCUUUAGUUACGUCUUUUAAUUCAAGGUUCUGUACAGAAGCAUUUAGAAAGAUGCGGAAUCUAAGAUUGCUCAAACUCAGUAACACAGAGCUCACUGGAAGUUACAACAAUUUUUCCAAAGAGUUAAGAUGGUUGUGUUGGCAUGGAUUUCCUCUGGAGGUCAUACCUUUAGAUUUCGAUCAGCCAAACCUAGUUGCUGUUGACCUGAGCUAUAGCAAACUCAAACGAGUUUGGGAGGAUACUGACGUGCAGCUGCUCAUGAAUCUGAAAAUCAUCAAUCUCAGUCAUUCCCAUGACCUAACAGAAUCACCAGAUCUUUCCAAAGUCCCAAAUCUUGAAAAACUGAUAUUGGUAAACUGUACAAAAUUGUCUCAGAUUCACCCAUCCAUUGGGCAUCUUGAAAGACUUUCGUUGGUAAAUCUUGAAGACUGCGAAACGCUUCAGUAUUUUCCACGGGAUUUCUAUAAGUCAAGGUCAGUUGAGACUCUUAUUCUUAACGGCUGUUCAGGUUUAAAAAUGCUGGAUGACAGCUUAGGGGGGAUGGUAUCAUUGACAACACUUCAAGCAUGCUAUACAAGGGUAAGGCAAGUACCAUCUUCAAUAGUAGGAUUGAAGAACCUGACAUUUUUAGGCCUUAGAAACUGCGGGUUAACUGAUGAUGCAAUCCCUAAGGAUCUUGGGAGUCUAUUUUCUUUAGAAAUAUUGGAGCUUGAUGGCAAUUUGUUUUAUAUCCUACCGAGCCUUGGUGGACUCUCCAAGCUUAAAAUGUUAGAUUUGAGUUCUUGCAUGCGUCUUCGUGAAAUCCCAGAUUUACCAACAAAUUUGGAAAUCUUGAGAGCGAAUAAGUGCAUUUCACUUAGAAAAAUGCCAAAUUUUUCGGAAAUGUCGAGUAUGGUUGAACUGCAUCUGGAUCACUCCCCCCAACUCACUCAGAUUCUAGGCUUGCAUGAGUCGUUAAACACCAUGAGAAGGAUUCAUAUGGAAGGCUGCGCCAAUCUCACUGCUGCUUUUAGGAAGAACAUCAUACAGGGAUUGACUUCUUUCGGACAUGGGGGCAUUAUUUUUCUCAAUGGAGUUUAUGAUAUUCAAGAGUGGUUCCAGGUUGUUGGUAUUCAUGAGUCCAAUGAUGUUCGUUUUAAAGUGCCCCAAUAUUUGGGUCGUAAUUUUAGAGGAUUGACUCUGUGCUGUGUUUUCGAGUGGAUUUGUCCUGGAUUUACUGUUACAAAUAUUACCAAGGGUAAGGCUUUGCACAUCCCGGGAGAAUCUACAUCCAUUUUGAUUGAUCGUGUACUCCGUUUGCAAAGUGUAUUAUCACAUGAUGUACUCCGUUUGCAAAGUGGGGACGAAGUCUCGAUUUCUGCAGUUACGACAACAUUGGAUGGCUAUGGUUGGAUGGGGGGAUUGAUGAAAACAGGAGUUAAUCUAGUCUGGGAUGAUGGUGAUGGCGGUGACGCAUACUCUAGCAAGGACGAGAUUGUUGCCGUACCAAGCAAUACUACGUCUGACGAGACUCUUCCAUCUCCCUCAGUCCACGCGGACAGUUGCCCGCCCAUGGCUUCCGAUCUCAAAAUGCGUGGGAAGAAAGCGUCCAUCUAUGACCCCUUGGAGUUGACCGUAGCAUCUGUCAAACCGAAGUACUGGCUUGAAUAAGCUAGAAGAAGUGGUUGUGACUAUAUUCGCCAAGGGCAUACCAGCCAAAGACGUUAAUGUUGAGUUUGGUGAACAAAUACUAAGUGUUAGCAUUGAUGUUGCUGGUGAAGAUACAUAUUAUUUUCAGCCUCGCUUAUUUGGAAAGAUAAUACCUGAAAAGUGCAGAUUUGACGUUCUGUCCACCGAAGUUGAAAUUCGCCUGGCUAAAGCUGAACCAUCACACUGGACAUCUCUUGAAUUCGGCAAGGACAACUCUGUUCCACUAAAGGACUGGCAAGGACAACUCUGUUCCACUGAAGGACUGGACAUCUCUUGAAUUCAGGAAGUACAACCCUGUUGCACCAAGGCGUAAAGGAAAAAAAAAAUUUGGCAAAAAUUGAGGGCGUUUUUGUUAUUUUAUUCUUAUUUAAUGCAGAAUUUGUAUGCAAUGAUCAAAAUGAUUGAUUGUGAACAAAUUCAGAUGCUGAUUUUAUCGAUUUUAAACAUCAUAGAUGUAAAUCACCA